AUCCCAUCUUGAAUAAUUUUAGGGUAAUCCUUCCGUGCAAAAAUCAAGCCACGAUGGUGCUCACGGACGAAGAGCAGCCUCUGCUCAGAAUAAUAUCGCAUGACUACGAAAGCGUCCAACAAGAGAAUGAUGCCGAGGAAGCUGGAAAUGACGCGCUUGAUUUUGAGCCUCUGGACCCUGAGGACCCUCGCAAUUGGUCUCCAGGUUUCAAAUGGGGUAUCGUUUUGUUGCUUGCUCUCAUGGCGUUUACGGUGACAUUUACUUGCAUCGGCGUUGUGCCAGUCGCCAGCAAAAUCGUCUCAGAUCUCGAUGGGAAGCAGUCAAGCUCUGCGAACAGCGCCCUCCUCGUUACUAUCUGGGAACUUGGAGAAGCUGCCGGGCCUUUGCUUAUCGCGCCGUUGUCAGAGAUUCUUGGACGUUAUCCUGUCUUCAACGCUUGUAACAUUGGUUUCAUCGCUGCAACCAUCCUAGCAGUUUGCAGCCAGAAUAGCGGCGUGUUCAUUGCUGCCAGGAUGCUCACGGGUCUUUGCGUCGCUUCAAACGUUCUCAACCCAGCGAUCAUCGGAGACAUCUUCGAGAGCGAGCACCGCGGCUCCGCAAUGUCUUUGGUCAUGCUUGCGCCACUCAUUGGAGGAGCUAUCGGCCCUGCCAUCUCGGGCGCCAUCGCGCAGACGAUAGGGUGGCGACGCAUGUUGACCAUUGCGGCCGGACUAGCUAUCAUGUGCGAGGUUUUGUUCCUCGUCUACUUCAGAGAGACGUACAAGAUGGCUGUCUUGAGAAGAAGAGCAGCGAAGACGAUGCAGGAAACUGGAAAGAUUCCUGAGUCGAAGAGCACGCAUGAGCAUCUAGCGAAGCUCUGGCACUCGAUCACCAGGCCUUUUGCGGUGUUGUUCGGUUCGAGCGUACUCAUGCUUCUCUCGCUGUUUGCCUCAGUCGCGUUCAGCUUCUUUUACGUUGUCAGCGUUUCAUUACCCUCGAUCUUGCUGGACAGGUAUGACUUCAAGCUCGGCAUGAUUGGUCCCACCUUCAUCUCAUUCAGCGUUGGGUCUUUCUGCAGUGUAUUAGUCUGCAAUUUUACGCUCGAUAGGAUAUACGUCAAGCUUCGUGGGCCCGACGGCGAAAAAGGAAAGCCAGAGUACCGCCUUCCUCUUUCCAUACUGGGUGCGAUCCUCCUGCCUUUCUCAGUAACGGCAUACGGCUGGAUCGCGGAGUACCGUCUCCCAGUGCUCCUGCUUCUCGCCUCGGUGGCCUUGAUGGGAUUCUCGCUCCUUCUAACUGUUAUACCGUUGUCUGCUUACGUGGUUGACGCUUGCGGUAUGUACUCCGCAUCGGCUAUGACGGGUGUCAUUGUUACACGAUGCCUCAUGGGCACCUUCCUGCCACUCACGACUGGCCCACUGGCUGAUGCACUUGGCUAUGGACUUGGUUUCACUAUUCUGGGUGCACUGAGCUUGUGUUUGGUCAUCAUCCCAAUAUGCAUCUUCAAGUUUGGAGAGAAGUGGCGACAGCAUUCGGAGUUCACGAAAGACACUUGAGGGGAGUAAACCUGCAGCGUUGGUGCCUGCCUUACGAUUGUUUUGUAUAGAAGCCACUUCCUCAUGUCUGCAUGGCCCCUACGGUUUAUGCCCGUACCCUAAG